AGUCCAUCAUCCAGCCCAUCUAACGGCCCAAACUUCUCCUCUUCUUCCUCCCUCGCCGCCGGCAACCCCCCGCGCCGCCGCGAUUCGGUCGCGUCCACCCUAAGCCUCAGCCAACUCCGGCGAGGCUUGAUCCCUUGCACGGGCGGCGCGCGGGCCUGCCCCGUAGGCCAAACCUCGACCCGCCCCCGCCGCCCGCUCGCCGGCGGCGCCGGGGCGGGGGUUAUCCCCGCUCGGCGCGCUUUCUCCAAGAAACGUGCGGGCUUCGAGGGCUUCCAUCUUCUACCAGGAGCCGGUUGAAAGGCGGGAUUCCUCUUCCCCUUCUCGGCGGCGGCCGGUGAUUCGCGUGGGGAGGCAAGAUGCUGGGGUUCUCCACCGGCCAGCUCGUGGUCAUCCUUGGGGCGUGCUCCCUCAUGAUGAAGCGCAGCGACAUGAUCAAGAUCGCGAGGGUGGCGGGGAGGAUGACCGGGAGGGCGGUCGGGCGCCUCAUGUUGUUUCGCAGGCAGAUGGAUGAGAUCCUGGAGCAGACUGCAGCAAAGCAGGACAUACACUCAGAGGUCCCUUUUCGACGUCCGCAUAGUUUUUUUAUUGACAGGCUCUUGUUAAACUACAUUCCUAGCUACAACCAGCCUGCCGAUGAGAACUUUUCAAGCUUUGCAGCAAGCUUAUCUCUCAACAAACAUGUAUCAAUGUCAUGUUCAGAAUCGUUGUUUUUUUGACGUAAGAAGGUAGGGCCAGCUCUACCUUAUAGCCAUUUCAUUGAUAGAAAUGAACGAUUACAGAGUUGCCUGAAGAAGUGGUGAAGACAGGGGGAGGAAAUAAAGAAAAAGAAAGGAUAUAGAAGGGGGAAGAAUGUACAAAAAUUUACAAUAAGCUAAAACUGCAUUAACCUCUGAUUGUCUCAGACCAGAGGUUGAUUUUUGCUUUGGCAUCUGGAUUGGCCCGGUUAUUCCAUAAGUCUAGAGUGCUGAUGAUUUUUUGAAUUACAUUUGAAA